AUGCCCCGGCAACUGUUUUCCUCUGCGGUGCUGCUCCUUCUUUGCUUGUUGUUGAUGUGCGGCGUCAGUGGGUUUGUUUGCGCUGCGGGGAAGUCGGAAGAUGGUGCUAUCUUUUGCUGGAAGGAUAUCUCAGCUGAAGGCGAGGGAGCGGUUGACGCGCUGCGUGCCCCUGUUCUUCUAGAAGUAGGGGGUGAGCCGUUGCUCAUCGCCGAGGCGCUCUUCAAGAAGGGCGGUGCCGACGCCAUUACGGCCAUCUUAUCACAGCCCCUCACGGCAGGUGCUGGCAAAGCACUAGAAGUGAAGUUAGAGACAAGCGAGGGGAAACCGCAGGUGUUGGAUAACUGCACUCAAAGCGAGAAGAAAACAAACUUGAGCCGACCGACGGCGGUGGUGAAGGGCAAUGAUAUUUACAUGCUGCUGGGAAACUACAGCGCGGCACAGCCCGUUGGCGAAGGCGAAUGGAGGCUUUUGCUGGUGAAGGGGAGUGUCAGCGGCGGCAAAAGGAUUACAUGGGGCGAGCCUUCGCUGCUGACCCGCACCUUUACAAUUGAGGACCACAAGUCCGUGUCGCGGCUGAUUGGCGGCGGUGGGGCCGGUGUUUUAACGGGAGACGGCACGCUUGUCUUCCCGGUGGAGGCCACAAAGAGAAAGCCGGAGACCACUGGAAACACCGUGUCGCUGGUCUUGUACUCCAGCGACCCUGAGACGGGGACUUGGCGGCUGUCGAAGGGGAUGUCUGCGGAGGGGUGCGGUAGUCCCUCCGUCGUGGCGUGGGAGGGCAACAAACUUUUGAUGAUGGCCGCGUGCGAGGGCGGCCGCCGCAGAGUGUACGAGUCGGAUAAUAAAGGGGAGACGUGGAUGGAGGCGCUCGGGACGCUCUCGCGCGUGUGGGGCGGCGCACCUGCUGGCGCCGGGCCCGGCGUUCCAAGUGGGUUCAUCACCGCGACGAUAGGGGGCAGUGGUGAGGGCAGGAGGGUGCUGCUCGUCACCCUGCCGGUGCAUUCGGGGGACGGCGGAAAUGGCCAACUCCACCUUUGGCUCGCCGACGCCGCCCACGUUGUCGAUGCUGGGCCGAUACCCACCGCGGGCGAC